AUGGUAGAAGGAGUAGCCCACGAACAACAGUAUUUUUUCAACAGACAGAACUCAGAUCAAUUCCGCACAAGAGAGGAAAGAUUGACUGAGUCCCAUCUGACACAGGAAGAUGCAGGACAGGCAAAUGAAAAGUGUCCCAGGGGAGUGAAUAAUCUCUCCAGCCCUGGCAAUGAUUUGCAUCUGUCCUAUAGUUUGACUCUCCCAGAAUCUGAUUUCCAAAACAAACUAGUCUACCUCCCCAAAAAGAAUACCAACUUUCCAAUUGGCAAUUACAAAAAUGCCCCCGUCUGCGUACAUCCGAUGAAGAGGGUUCUAGAUGUGGGGGCAGCACUGUCAUUUUCUCUGGUGGUGAAGGAGCAUGACGUGUUGAAGAACAGAAGCUCCCCUUCUGUUGAAGGAACUCUGAGUUGUUCCUUGCCCUGCAGGAGCAAAGUAGGAAAAGUGGCAGAAGAUGGGCUGAAGGUGUUGUCAACAGCAGGGGAUGGAGAACCCAGCAGUGUGCGAGCAUCUUUAGCCCUCAGUGCGAAGCUCCUGGAGAAACCUGCUUUGUCGGGUCCUGAGGCUGGAACUGAGAAAGACCACGAAGCCUGCAAGGCUGCAGGCUGCACGAAGUCAUUUGCCACAGGAAAACAAUUCCCCCGGGAGAGUUUGGGGGUGACUGGUGUUCCUGAAGUUCACCUGGAUCUGGCUCCUGCUGGCUUGGGGCAGCAUACCUUUCAGCUGAAUACCAGUUGUGAUGCCUAUGGGAUGGUGCUGCCUUUUGCUCACAGCCUCGAUUUUAUGAGCGUGUCCUCAUUGAAAAGUCCCCGGGGCCCCUCUGGCAGUUGUCGCGAUAUUAGAAUCUCCCGAGCUGGAAAACAACAGCGACAGCACCGCGGCAGUAACGUGGACAGCAAUCAGGACAACGGUGACCAGCAAAGCCAGCAAGGGCAGAGAUUUUGCAGGCUUACGGUGCUCACCAUCGCAUGAAACGCUACUCAUUAUAUUGCUUCCCGCUCGGUGACUCCGCGCCAAACUCCAGCCUGCCCAGGGUCAGGGCUUGCUGGGGUUGCCGCUGCUCCAUUGUGUGUGCUGCACUGGGAUCAAAGCAUUCUUUCCCCUUCCUCAUCUACCUCUUCUCCCUACUGCUUGUCUGCCUUCUCCUGCAGGGGGUCAGGCUGGCCACAUUUGCACGUCUCAGUGCAUAGCCCUUUUAUACAAAGUUUUCUUUGUUAAUCAGGAGAAGUAAAUGCAAAUCCUCUCGAUGGACAAUGAACUGCUUUGAGAAGAAGGUGUGACAGUGAUAUAAUGACCUGGUGAAUUUUCAGGCAAGGGAAAUCAAAAUAUCUUGGUUUUAUUUUCCAGAGAUUAGUAUGUGAGGUGUGUGUGUGUGUGUGUGCGCGUGUGUGCGUGUGCGUGUGUUUGUGGGUGGGGAGAUGUGUGUCUUUUUGCCCACAUUCUUGCUCUGGCAAACAAUGUCCCCAUGUAAUAGAGUUCUUGAAAUCUCUCCUUUUCCACGGUCAUCUUUGAAUUCUCCUUCGGAUUUGAGUGUCAGAGCCAGAAGAUUUUGUUUUUGUUGCAACUGCGGGAUAUGUCAUCUGUGUGCCUUCAGUCUGCUCGAUGAGCCUUAAUACCUCACCUCCGUGUGUCCCUCUGGAAGUCCUUGGCCAGGGUUGGGAGGGGUACACGGGCCACCUUCCUGUCAUUAGUCAUGAAACCAGAUUGAACUGAGACAUAAGCACUGCCCUCCAUCAUGUUUCUCUGCAAGAUAUUAAUAAAAACACAGUGGCCGUA